UGGGUGGCACAGUUAAAUAGAGGGAUACAGAACGACUGGGCUCAUCUCUGAUCUGUCCGUCCUAUCUCUGUCACGCGUGUUGCUCUUUUCGUCUGUCUUAGACACAGAGAGACCUCAUCAGCAGGAUGCCUGAGCAUGUACAAGAGAGAAAAUCAAAAAUAUCAGCCUCAAGGAAGCUGAUGCUGAAGAGCCUGAUGGUGGCAAAGGCCAAGGAGGAACUGGAGCAGGAGAUUCUUGUCAAAGAAGAAGAAAAACAGAAGUACCUCGCAGAGAAAGCGCCUCCUCUGAACACCGGUGGUUUCAGUCUUGCUCAACUUCAGGAUCUCUGUAGAGAGCUCCACGCAAAGAUCGAUGUGGUUGAUGAGGAACGAUAUGACAUUGAGGCCAAAGUCAUGCUUAACACACGGGAGAUUAAAGACCUAAACAUCAAAGUUCUAGACCUCAGGGGGAAAUUCAAGAGGCCCAAUCUUAGACGCGUUCGUGUCUCUGCUGACGCCAUCCUUCGCUCGCUGCUGGGCUCCAAGCACAAAGUGUCCAUGGAUCUUCGAGCUAAUCUCAAGUCUGUCAAGAAAGAAGACACUGAGAAGAAGAGGCCAGUGGAGGACAGCGACUGGAGGAAGAAUGUGGAGGCCAUGUCUGGGAUGGAGGGAAGGAAGAAAAUGUUUGAUGCUGCUAAAGGUUCUGCUCAGUGAAGACAGAAAGAUGUCGGUCUUCUUAAUCGCUGUUGUUGAUCUGCUGUUUUGUGUUGCCUGUUUUGUCUUCUUCUAUCCGCUCAUCAAGCUUUUGGUUUUGAUUUGCAUUUUGCUUUGUUUUUUUUUUUUUCCUGCAAUGGAAACUUUCCAACUAAUAUUUUUAAAAAUGAAAUGUAAAUUGUGUUUUUAAAAAUAUGCACCACACUCAAAUGACGCAAGUGAUCAUGCAAAUUGAACCGCAUGCUUGAUGUGGCUUCUUCAUAACUAUAUCUACAGUAUCUGCGGUGGGUUUGUGAGCUAUAAUACCAUGUUUUAAAGGAAAAAAAAAGUACACAAAAAUGCUCUA